AUGGACCCCGAUCGAGACCGUCGACAGGAAUUGGCAGCAUCCAAUCCGCAUGCAGUGCCAAACCAUGCCAUGCCAUGCCAUGCUGGUGAUACCCCAAAGACCCUCCGCCUCACUGCUGAUCGAGGGUGGAUGUGGAUGGGCCAAGAUCUUCCGUUGCGGGCCAGUGAUUUGCCUGGCCAGAUGCCCCAUCCCGCAAUCGUCUUGCCACCCGCUGCGGUGCUGGCGAGAGAGGUUUUUCGCAUCGGCGUCAAGUCAGGGUCAGGGUCAGGCCAUGAUGCCCCGAUUCCCCCGCCUUGGCUUGCGACUACUAUCCGCACCCGCAAGCGACCACCAAGAUGUGCCCAUGAAGCCCACGGCCUGGUCGACCACAUGAUCGCUGCUGUGAUACGCAGACGUCUGUGUUUCCAAGGCAAGAAGAGGCAGUGGCACAUGGCCAUCCCGUCGACUAGCACAUUCGCCUCCCAGGGGAAGAAGAAAAACUCUGCUGGACGGGCUUGGUUGACUUGGUUGCAUGGGUCCCGCGCCCGGAACCAAGUUUGCGCUCUGCUCUGCUGGACCGCCGUCACACCACACCAAACACACCCCUCCCUCACCCCCGAAGUCGCCCAUUUUUUUCGGCGAUUCCUGGCCUCGGUCCGCACCAGUACCAGCACCAGCAACCACACACGCAACACUCACCCCAACUCUCUCUCGACUCAAACCCUCACCAACGCCCCCGACGACUCGGCCGAUUUCCCUGGCCAUUCUAUAUACUUGAACUCUGAGAUAAUGGUUCAACUACUUGCGUCCCCGGCUUUGUCUCCGAGCGGCAAUGCCAUGCUCGAGGCGAGCAUCGACAGAUCUGAAAACAUGGUCUCAUCGAGGGAGGAGCACGCCCAGAGAGCACGAGAGCUCAUGGUCAAGAGGGGCAUGAUGAGGGCGCCCAGGCGGGGAUUCUCCCUGACCGACCACCAGGCCCAGAAUGACGGGCCGCAUCACUUCCACGCCGCCGUGCCUUCGGUUGAUCGCAUCCCGGAGCACGCGGCCGUGCCCGCUCAGCCCGUAUCAAAGCACAUGCCGCCUCCCCAGCGGCCCAAGCUGCCUCCCCCUCGCCGUUCGUACUCUGUGACGGACAAGGAGCCCGAGCCGGCCAACCAGCCGCGACCAUCUUCACGCCUCACCCUGCUCGACCUCCCCUCGGAGCUGCACUACGCCAUCUUCGACUUCCUCGACCCCAUCGACGGCGCGUGCUUCGGCCUGACGCACUCCAAGCUGUACGACAUCCACCGCCGCAAGAACGGCAUCGUCCCGCUGUCCAGCCGGUACUCGGGCCCCAACGACAUCGAGUGGGCGUGGCGCGGCGCCGGACCCCUCGUGCACCCUCACUCAUCAAAGGCCGAGGCCAGCGACAACAACGAGCUGGAGCGCCUCCGCGUCAAGGGCCAGGUCUACUGUCGCAAGUGCGGCAUCUCGCGCUGCGAACUCCACAGGCACCUCAAGGACUGGUUCGGCAAGGGCUACGAGUACUGCGAGAUCAAGGAGAUGUACGGCCCGCCCGCCGGGCCCAACGCCAGGGGAUACUGCUUUAUGAAAUCCCCAAAGAAGCCUCAUUCGUGUGGACGCCACGGGGCGAAGAAGGCAACUGCAUAG